AUGAUCGAUAAUCAAUGUCAAAAGCCGACAUAUGAAAGCAGAGAAAUUCCUUCAGGAUUGAAUGAAAUUUGGACAACUGGCAGAUAUUCCGAUAUAACGCUCAUCACUGACACAAAAAAAUUCAAAGCGCAUAAAGUUAUUUUAGCUGCAAAUAGUCCAGUCUUCGAUACAAUCUUUAAUAAUCAUAUGAAAGAUCGUUCAUCGGAUGAAGUUUAUUUGAAAAACAUAAAAGAAAGUGUCGUGAAAACUUUUCUAGACUUUCUCUAUACGGGCAAGAUCGAAGAAAAUGGCGAUCAAAACCUUGGUGAACUUUUCUCCAUCGCUUCUAAGUUUAAAGUGGCAAAGUUAACAUCAAUUGUUGAGAAGCUCAUCACAAUAAACCUAAAUGACGAAAAUGCUCUAGAGUUCCUCAAGCUUGGAUGUCUCUUCAAUUGCGAUAAGAUGAAAGUUUCAACCUUUAAUGUGUUAAAAUCAAUGUUCGAUUUCCCAUUGAAAGAAGAUCUCAUGAAUCAACCAGAAGCAAUAGAAAAACUUAUUGAAGCAAAACAAAACUUCGAUUCUUCAUUGAAAUAA